AUGAAACACAUGCAAGAUUGCAAGUUCUUUUCAUACAAUGCUCUCGCUACUGUCAUCAAGAAUGAGUUCAAUAAUGCUUCAAACGUCAAUGUUAUCUUUAACAAGAAGUUUGUGAAAGAAUCUAAGUUUGGUCAGUAUGUCAGACCAUUAGCUAUUGUCAUUGACCGCAAACGUUAUACUUCACAAGAGUUAGCAGUAGUUUUGAAACAAAAGGGUUUCUUCGUGAAUGUCAAAGAUACUCAUUAUACUAUUAUAAAGAACUCCAACAUUGACUUCUUCAGUAUUGCUAUGAAUCUUUCCGAACAGAAAGAAUAUAAGAAGGGUGAAACAAAUGUGAAAUAUUAUUCUUCAUCUCUGAAAACAAUAA